AUGUCUACUGCGCAGCCUUUGCUGCCGAAAACUAGCUUCUUCGAGUCCUUGGCACGGAAUCCGAAGGUCUCGCGCUUCAUUUCGACUGCUGCAGAAGCAAAGGACGACCCCAAGUUGCAAGAGACCCUGGAGAAGUUGAAGCCCUGGGUGUUGGGAGCUCUCGGAUUUGCUCGAGCAGUCGUGCAGGGCUACUUCAGCCUCUAUUCAUUUUUCUACGACAUUUUCGUGAAGCUUCCGGCAGACGAGCUGAAAGCUGUGAUUGGACUCGUCCUUUGCUUCUUUGGUGGAGUGUAUGUCACCCUCAUUGCUGCCGUGGAGGCUUUCCGAACAAUGGGUGGGCAAAGUUUGUACGAUGACCUGGCAUAUGUGAAGCUGGAACUGGACAAUGUCCUUGCCGCACAUGACAAAGACGAACAGCUGGAUGUGAACAAGGACGGGGUUCGUGACGUGGAGGCCAUGAGCAGUCAGGAACUGGUUGAGCACAAGUCCAAGCUGGUUCUGACGAGUAUCAAAGAUCCCAAGCGACUCCAAAGCGCUGUGGGUAAUUUGUGGUCUGCGUGGCUAGCAGUUGUCGCUACGUUGAGUUUGAAGUUUGCGCAGACCACGGCAUAUGCAUUGGCAAUUGCGGAGAUGUUGAAAUAUCCGGUAACGCGCUACACGGCACCCGUUUUGGCGUAUUCUUUGGGACCCGAUCUCGUGAAAUGGGUAGACGUCAUCAUUGACAGCGUGUUGAAGGCUAUUCUGAUCUUGAUCGUGUGGAUCUUCGCAAAGAUGAGGGCUGCCUUCUACUCCGGGCUUCGAGGGGGCCAGCUGUUCGGUGAGGCCGUGGUAAAGAUUUGCCAGAAGUGGGGAUGGACGGACUCCUUACCUUUUGUGAAGAAGCCCUUCAAUGCAGAAGAGUCCUACCUGGACGAAGCUAUCGGAUACCCACUGGCCAUGAUCGGCUUCUACUUUCAGUUAACGCACUUCUUUGCGCUGCUGCCCUUCCCUCUGGACUGGAUACUUUGGCCCCUGACUGCCUUGGAGAGCUUGCUGGAGCUUCAGAUCAGCUGGUGA